AUGGAGGUAUUGAGUGUGACAGGAGGAGUGAUGCGAGCAGUAUCUGGACUUCGAGCUGCUGCACAACGUCAGAGUAUUGAGAAGGAGACCAGGCAUCGGAUGAAUGACAUCAGGCGGUUUUUGAUGGCAUUUUCUGUGCCUAUCCAGGACAGCGCUCCGCAUAUAUACAUCUCAUCACUCCCAUUCAGCCCGAGAGGGUCAGAAUUGCGUAUUGAAGGCACGGAAGAGCAUAUUCAUGCAUUGAAAGUGACGAGGGGUCUUGACGAGACGUAUCCUGGGCUCCCCAGAAUACUCCAAGGUCAUCAACACCAGGUCAGGGCUGUCGCAUUCUCGCCAGAUGGCUCGCGAAUUGUCUCUGGCUCAGCUGACAUGAAAAUUCGACUGUGGGAUGCAGAGACUGGCCAGCCGUUGGGAGAGCCACUCCGAGGUCAUCAAGACUGGGUCACCGCUGUCGCAUUCUCGCCAGAUGGCUCGCGAAUUGUCUCUGGCUCAGGUGACAAGACACUUCGACUGUGGGAUGCAGAGACUGGCCAGCCGUUGGGAGAGCCACUCCGAGGUCAUCAAGACUCGGUCACGGCUGUCGCAUUCUCGCCAGAUGGCUCGCGAAUUACAAUUCGACUGUGGGAUGCAGAGACUGGCCAGCCGUUGGGAGAGCCACUCCGAGGUCAUCAAGACUGGGUCAGGGCUGUCGCAUUCUCGCCAGAUGGCUCGCGAAUUGUCUCUGGCUCAGGUGACAAGACAAUUCGACUGUGGGAUGCAGAGACUGGCCAGCCGUUGGGAGAGCCACUCCGAGGUCAUCAAGACUGGGUCUGGGCUGUCGCAUUCUCGCCAGAUGGCUCGCGAAUUGUCUCUGGCUCAGAUGACAAGACACUUCGACUGUGGGAUGCAGAGACUGGCCAGCCGUUGGGAGAGCCACUCCGAGGUCAUCAAGACUCGGUCACCGCUGUCGCAUUCUCGCCAGAUGGCUCGCGAAUUGUCUCUGGCUCAGAUGACAAGACAAUUCGACUGUGGGAUGCAGAGACUGGCCAGCCGUUGGGAGAGCCACUCCGAGGUCAUCAACACUGGGUCACCGCUGUCGCAUUCUCGCCAGAUGGCUCGCGAAUUGUCUCUGGCUCAGAUGACAAGACACUUCGACUGUGGGAUGCAGAGACUGGCCAGCCGUUGGGAGAGCCACCGAGGUCAUCAAGACUGGGUCACUGCUGUCGCAUCUCGCCAGAUGGCUCGCGAAUUGUCUCUGGCUCAGCCACCCGAGGUCAUCAAGACUCGGUCACCGCUGUCGCAUUCUCGCCAGAUGGCUCGCGAAUUGUCUCUGGCUCACAUGACAAGACAAUUCGACUAUGGGAUGCAGAGACUGGCCAGCCGUUGGGAGAGCCACUCCGAGGUCAUCAAGACUCGGUCAGUGCUGUCGCAUUCUUGCCAGAUGGCUCGCGAAUUGUCUCUGGCUCACAUGACAAGACAAUUCGACUAUGGGAUGCAGAGACUGGCCAGCCGUUGGGAGGGCCACUCCGAGGUCAUCAAGACUCGAUCAGCACUGUCGCAUUCUCGGCAGAUGGCUCGCGAAUUGUCUCUGGCUCAAUUGACAAGACAAUUCGACUGUGGGACGCAGAGACUGGCCAGCCAUUAGGAGAGCCACUCCGAGGUCAUCAAGGCUGGGUCAUGGCUGUCGCAUUCUCGCCAGAUGGCUCGCGAAUCAUCUCUGGUUCACUUGACAAGACAAUUCGACUGUGGGAUGCAGAGACUGGCCAGUCAUUGGGAGAGCCACUCCACGGUCAUCCAGCCCGGAUCAGCCCUCGUAGUUUCUCGCCAGAUUGGGAAGUGGCAACGAACGAAAGUUUAUUCAACGAAAGUCCAUCACUCCAGUCUCUGCACCAACCUGGUCCUGACCUUUACUGGCAUAACCCAAGUCGGACCCCACUCGUGCGAUAUACAACAUCUGUCACGUUUAUACGACUCUUUGAUACAACCGGUACCCUCCGAGGAACAACCUUUGCAAGUGCCCAUACCGACACACCACCACGAUCAAUGUCCAGAUCAAAGAUUGAAGAUCUAGGAUUCCUGGAAUUGGUACCAAGUAUCGAUCCCGUUGUCGACAUCGUCGCCAUCCACGGUUUGGGCGGUCACAGAGAAGAGACCUGGACGACAGAUGGUGGGAUCCUUUGGCUGCGUGACCUCUUGCCAUCGGCUUUGCCCAACGCUCGCGUCCUUACGUAUGGAUAUGAUGCCGAUACUCGUAGCCGAGAAUGCGUAUCGACGCAGACGAUUCGCCAGCACGCGGAUGGGUUCGCCAAAGCUUUAGCACGGAAGAGGACAGCAGACCCUCGACGUCCCGUCAUUUUCAUCGCACACAAUUUGGGGGGCAUAAUUGUCAAAUGGGCACUCGUUAUCUGCCAUAAUCAGAACCUGGCGUCAAAGGGUGACCUCCGAGACAUCUUAGUAUCGACUCAUGGCGUCCUAUUCUUUGGUACCCCGCAUUCCGGCAUGGACAACACUCUCCUUGAAACCAUCAACCGCUUGGCGUCUAUGUACAUGAAAACGACAGACGGCAUCCUCAAGGAUCUUCGGGAACAUUCUUCGGAGCUAGCAACUAUACAGAGUCUUUACGUCGAAGCGAGUGAGAAGAUAGCUAGCGUAUUCUUCUGCGAGGAGUACAAAACUCCCGUAGAUAGAAAGAGACAGAGACUGAAUGUUCCUCAUCAUUCGGCGAUCAUCCCCGGUGACCGCAAUGCGCCGGCGGUGACACUCCACAGUGAUCAUGGAAAUCUAGUCAGGUUCCCGACUGUAGACAACGACAACUAUCAAACAGUGCUUCAUUACCUCAGCGAGUAUUUCGUCAGCGCUCGCCAGGCAGUGCACGAAAAGUGGCUUACGGAGGAUGGGUUGCGCCUCGUCGCGAAAGGAAAUUCCAUCUUCCCCAACACUGUGGACCCGCCUGUGGACAUGUCUGUCUUAUUCCAGCUACCAAUGGUCGCAUUUGCUCCAUCUUCCGUGCACAAUCCGUGCCUCAAAGGAACUCGUGCAGCUGUCCUCGACACAAUCUCCAAGUGGGCUAAUGACGAUUCCACCGAGAAGCCAAUCUUUUGGCUCUGCGAUAUAGCCGGCUCUGGCAAGUCGACAGUCGCCAUGUCUGCAGGGAGACAUGGAGGAAGCAGGGUCCUGGGUGGCGCAUUCUUUUCUCCAUGGCAAGGAACUCGUUCAACAUAUCCACGAGCUUGGGCCCCAAUCGCCGAGGUCGUGAAGCGGAAUCCUGCUCUCCUGCGAAGUUCCUUUGAUGAGCAAUUCCGGAUACUCAUCACCGGCCCUUCAGCAUCGAAACGGCACACAAUUAUUGUAAUCGACGCCAUAGAUGAAUGCAAGUCUGGACGACAGAAGAAAGAACUUGUAGAGACUUCUGCUGCCGCUCAGGAGAGCAACAAUCUCCGGAUAUUCAUUACAAGUCGACCAGACCUAUCAUCGAAAAGGUUCUAG